AUGGGAGGGGCGGCCGAGACGUUAAUUCUCGAUAUCCUACGGAAACGACAGGAAGAAGAACCGGAUCAAAAUGAAGGAACUAGUCCCGGACAAUCUGAAAUCAGUACAUCAUGGGCGCUCUUCAUUCUCGUUGCUCUCCUGCUCGUGGCACUCUUUACGUCGUAUUACCUCCAGUUGAAGAAGAUUCAAGCGGUCCAUGAAACUGUUAUCAGUAUAUUCGCUGGGAUGUUUGUGGGAUUGAUUAUUAGGCUUAGUCCUGCGACGAAUAUUCAGAAUACGGUGACUUUCGAUCAGAAGUUCUUUUUCAAUUUGAUCUUGCCGCCGAUUAUUAUGAACAGUGGGUACGAGUUGCAUCAGGCGAACUUUUUCCGGAAUUUAGGGACGAUAUUAACAUUUGCGCUGGCGGGAACGUUCUUGUCGGCUGUUACACUCGGUAUAAUCCUCUACGUCUGGGCCUGGCUCGCUAUCUCAAUCGAAGGUCUCUCCGUCUCCUUUGUCGACGCAAUCGCUGUGGGCGCUACUCUAUCCGCCACCGACCCGGUCACCAUUCUAGCUAUCUUCAACACCUAUAAAGUCGAUCCAAAGCUGUACACGAUCAUCUUCGGCGAAUCGAUCCUAAACGAUGCCGUCGCUAUCGUUAUGUUCGAAACCGCACAAGCGUUUCACGAAGAAAGUGCAGCUGCGAAGGUCAAUCCGUUCAGCUUUAUUAAAGGUGUUGGAUGGUUCUUUAUGAUUUUCUUCUUCUCGCUUCUUAUAGGGAUCUUGGUCGGUGUGGGGACAGCAUUGUUAUUGAAAUAUACGUAUAUCCGACGAUUUCCAAAGACCGAAACGUGUUUUAUUCUCCUUGUCGCGUAUGGGACCUAUCUUUUCUCCACGGGGAUCCACGCAUCCGGUAUCGUUUCGUUGUUAUUCUGUGGGAUAACAUUGAAACAUUACGCUUAUUACAAUAUGUCACGAAGGACGCAGCUUGCGACGAAAUACUUGUUCCAGGCGUUAGCCCAAUUGGCCGAGAACUUUGUGUUUAUUUACCUGGGGAUCAGUCUUUUCACCGAAUCGCAUCAAGUGUGGAAUCCGUUGUUUAUUAUCGUUACUUCCGUGGGAAUCUGUGCGGCAAGAUGGGUUGCUGUUUUCCCGUUGAGUAAGGGGAUUAAUUGGGUGAUACGGUAUAGAGCUUCGAGAAGGGGAAGGAAUUCUUCGACGGUACCGGAUGAGUUGCCUUAUGCUUACCAGAUGAUGUUGUUCUGGGCGGGACUCAGGGGCGCUGUUGGGGUAGCUUUAGCGUCAGGGUUUCAAGGAGAUAAUGGCAACGCGCUUAGAGCUACGGUUCUUGUGGUGGUGGUUUUGACGGUGAUUGUGUUUGGAGGGACGACGGCUAAGAUGUUGGAGAUUUUGGGGAUUAGGACUGGAGUGGUGGAGGAGAUUGAUAGUGAUGAUGAGUUUGAUAUUCAGAAUUCGAGUAGUUACUGGAAAUACCAGAAUGGAGGGGAGAGAGGGGAAAGAGGGGAAAGAGGGGGGAGUGGGGAAAGGAGUAGAGGGGUGCCGUUGGCGAACGUGGAUCCGAGUGCUGAUAGAGACGGUGGGAGGGGUAAUGGAAGUGCGUUUGGAAGGGAUGCUAGGAGUGUUUAUGGAGCUGGUGGAAGUUCUGGAAGAACGGGGUCGAGAAGGGAUUUGGGGAAAAGAUCGAGGGAUGGGAGUCAAGUUGAUUUACUUUAUGGGCAUGGUGGUGGUGAGGAAGAUGGGUAUGAUAGUGAUAUGAGUGAUCUACCACCCAUGGCGGCGAGGAGGGGGAGUAAAGCUUCUUCGCCGAAUAAUUUGGCGACACCGGUUGAAGGGGGUAGUAGGAGUUUGAGUCCUAGAGUUGGGGCUGGAGAGGGCAGCAGUACGACUGGAGGAGGCGGAGCGAUGGUUAAUCCGGUCAGUGCGCUUAGUCAGUUGGUCAGAGGGACUGUGGAGGAUCAAGCAGAGUGGUUUAGACAGUUGGAUGAAGGGUAUAUUAAGCCGCAUUUGUUAUUGGAUAGUUCGAAGGGACAUGAUGGGGGCGGACCUGUUUAA